GGCUAUUUUUUUUAAAGCGCAACAACAAGUCCUGUUUGAACGGCCCUUAAGGCCCUUUUGUAUGCAGUCUGUAAAACAUGGCACUUUGCGAGAGAAUCUUUAGAUUCAGUUUGGCUGUGAAUCGUAAUUUUCUCAAAACAACUGUUAUCUGCAACAAACGGCACUUGUCGGGAAAAGCGUCUUCCAGUCCGAAAGCAGCUGUCUCUGCCGAAACAAUCGAUAAUGUUCUGUACACACAGGAACAUUUUGCGUUAAAGGCAUCUUUGAGAAAGAUAAUUGAUCAAGAGAUAAACCCUUACGUAGACAAAUGGGAGGAAGAAGGACAAUUUCCUGCCCAUAGGAUCUUCAAGAUCCUGGGUAAUGCCGGAUUUUUGGGAGUCAACAAGCCCAUUGAGUAUGGCGGUUUGGGGCUAGACUUCAGCUACAGUGUGGCUGUUGCUGAAGAGCUGGGAAACAUCAACUGUGGAGGGAUUCCCAUGGCCAUUGGAGUUCAAAGUGACAUGGCUACACCUGCACUCACAAGAUUUGGCUCUGCAGAACUCAAAAGAGAGUUUCUGCUGCCCACCAUAAUGGGAGACAAAGUGGCCUGCCUCGGAGUGAGCGAAGCAGGGGCUGGCUCUGAUGUUGCAAGCAUAAAGACUAAAGCUGUGCGCAAAGAAGAUGAAUAUGUCAUAAAUGGGGGAAAGAUGUGGACCACUAAUGGCACCCAAGCAGACUGGAUGUGCCUCUUGGCCAACACCAGUAAUGACCCUCCACACAAGAACAAAUCCCUAAUCUGUUUACCCAUGAAUCUACCUGGAGUUCAUAUUGCACGCAAGAUAGAUAAAAUGGGGAUGCGUUCCUCAGAUACAGCAGAGGUGUUUUUCGAUGAUGUGCGUGUGCCCUGUAAAAAUGUCAUAGGGCAGGAGGGAAUGGGCUUCAUGUACCAGAUGAUGCAGUUCCAGGAGGAGCGACUCUGGGGGGUGGCCAAUAUCCUAACGACGAUGGAGAAAGUUGUCCAAGAGACCAUUAAUUACACCAGACAAAGGAAGAUCUUCAAUCAGGCAAUUCUAUACCACCAGACAGUUCACUUCAGGCUAGCUGAGCUGGAGACAGAGAUUGAGCUGUUACGCUCCCUUUUGCAUCGCGCCACAGCUCUGUACAUUAAAGGAAAUGAUGUAACGAAGCUGGCAUCGAUGGCCAAGCUGAAGGCAGGACGACUGGCUCGAGAGCUCGGCGACAGCUGCCUGCAGUACUGGGGUGGCAUGGGCUUUACCAGUGAUGUCCUAGUCAGCAGGUUCUACAGGGACUCUAGAUUGAUGUCCAUUGGUGCAGGAGCUGAUGAGGUCAUGCUGUCCAUCAUAUGCAAGUAUAUGGACACUCUACCCAGGAAAUGAAUUCAACAAUAAUUAUUUUCAGAAUGAAUUCAUUUUGGAAAAAACAAAGUGCACUUAAAAAGGAAUUUUUGAAUCUAAGAUUAAAUGUAUCAAAUAGUUACUAGUUCUAAAAGCUUUUAUAACAUUUUUCAGAUUUAGGAUUUAAGACUUGCAGCUAAUUUAAUGAUAUUGUACUCCUCUUCAUAACAAUGCAUAUUGUUGCCUUAACGGAGACUUAGUUGAUGAAAACCUCAGUUUGUGUAAAUUGUAAAAUAGAAAUAUGUAAACUCUGAAUAUAGCUGUACAUGUCUAAUUUUGUUAAUAUGCAUGAAAAACAUUAAAGGAGUCAAGACAUG